CAUACUCUUGCAAGAUUCAGGCUCGAGAGCCAGAACCAAAGGUUUCAGAAGAAGCAGAGGUCGGGCUGGUUGGCCGAGGGCGGCAGAAAACUGCCCUAGUAGCUUAUUCUGAAGAAGCGGUUCUUGAGAUCUCUGCUGGAUUUCAACAAGUGAGUAUAGGAGAAAGAGGCGGACCCAGAAGAGACCUCAAUGAUGCCGGCGUUAACACCCGACAGACGAUGGAGCAUGUCAAAGCUUCAAAGUCUGGAACAAGUGUCUCUCCUAUUCAGUUGUCUGCCAACUUCUUUCGUAUCCUGUCCCGCCCUCAACGGGUUCUAUACCAAUACCACGUGGACUUCAAGCCACCAAUGGAGUCCCGUCAUCUUCGAUCGCCCCUCCUGUUCCAGCACGAGCGAACUCUGGGCAAUGUUCACUCCUUCGAUGGAGGCAUACUCUUUAUGCCGCAAAGACUUCCUAACAAGGUGCCGUCACACAUUGACAACAUUGACAAUUUGGGCUCGGAUAGAGCACAUGAAAAUGAACGGGCACAAUGUGUGCCAUGUGUUCAGGUGACUGUGCUGCAAAGUUUGACAGGUAAUGGUGAGAAAGUGGAGAUCAUUGUGACCCUGACGAAUGAACUGGCUCCAACGUCAUCAGUUUGCCUGCAGUUGUACAACAUUAUAUUCAGAAGGAAUUUGCGACUCCUCGGCAUGCAACAGAUUGGACGCAAUUAUUACGAUGCCAAAGAUCCACUCAGCAUCCUGCAUCACAGAUUGACCAUAUGGCCAGGCUACACGACAGGCAUCUUAGAGUACGAGUCAGCCAUCAUGCUGUGUAUCGAUGUGAGCCACAAAGUGCUGUGUAGUGAGACUGUUCUGGACAUUAUGUCACGUCCCAUCGGAAACGAGAGUAGGACCCAAAUGCAGGAACUCGGAAGACGGAAGGGAGUUCAAGAAGAACAUCCAUCCACUCUCCAUCCAGAUGUAGAAACCAAAAUCCUGUGGUAGUAAUCACCGGUAAUACUUGAUACUUACAUAUCGUUUUAACAGUAGACACAUUGGACUGAGUCCAAUACCCCGCACAAUAUGUACUGUUGCAUUUUGUUCGCUCCGAGUGUAACUGUAACCAAAGUUUGCUACUAAUAUUCCA